GCCGCCGCGGCUGCCCUCGCCGCGCCCCCGCGCCCCGGCCGCCGCCCCCGCCCCCGCGCCCCGCGCGCCCCGGCCCGGGGAGGGGCUCCCACGACCCCGCGCUUGGCGGGGGGCGCCAGGGACUCCCGGGUCCGCUGCCCCGCGCCGUCUCGCCCUCCUCCCUCUUUCUUCGGGCAGCCCCCCCCCACUUCAGCCUCCCCCACUCUUGCCGCCUCCAUAUCCUCAAGCUCCGGUGGCACUGGGGGGGCUUCUCGGAUCGGCAGGAUGUACCCCCAGGGAAGGCACCCGACCCCGCUCCAGUCCGGCCAGCCCUUCAAGUUCUCGAUCUUGGAGAUCUGCGACCGCAUCAAAGAAGAAUUCCAGUUUCUCCAGGCUCAGUACCACAGCCUCAAGCUAGAAUGUGAGAAGCUGGCCAGCGAGAAGACGGAAAUGCAGAGACAUUAUGUGAUGUAUUAUGAGAUGUCUUAUGGACUCAACAUUGAAAUGCAUAAGCAGGCGGAGAUUGUGAAGCGCCUGAGUGGCAUCUGCGCUCAGAUUAUCCCCUUCCUGACCCAGGAGGUGAGCGGGCCUGGGGGUGGGGGCAGGAGGGGAAGGAGGCUGGAAGAAGAUGGGAGGGGGUCGGUCUGGGAGAGGACGCCCCAGGCGCUGAUUGUGCAGUGAUCUGCAGCCCAGAUA